ACUCAACAGCUUCGUUCGUGCUACCGCUGCAAGUUUCGAAUGGUUCUGGAUUACUUUGGCUAUUUUCUAAGUAGAUUUAGUGUUAAGUGUAUAGUGUGUGCCAUUGGCUACUGGAAUUUGGUAAAAUUGACCCCGUUUGCGCCGGAUUCGUGCCCGAAAAUAGUGCAUUAAUUUUCUCGUCGCUGGGAAAAAUGAUCCAUUUUCUGUGCGGUGGAGAUGUCUGCUGAAAAAUUUUCUACUCUGCCUGUGCCUCUCGGUGGGUGUGUGAGUUUGGGGUGUGCGUGUGUGGGUGCGCGGGUCGCCAAUGUGUACAGGGAACGGGAAAAAGGUGGGGUGGUGUUUGCGAUUUUUUUUUCCUUCUCUCGGUUCUCCCUAUCACUUCACCAUGCCGCUGCUGUGUUUGUUUGUGGGGGUGUGUGGAUUGUGAAUGCCGUGUGUAUGCCAGCGGAAGGGAAGGAAGCGAACGAGAUUUAAUUAAAGCAUCAUUUGAUAAUGGAUGACACUUUUUUUUCGCUUGUGUGUGCGUGUGUGGUGCGGAGCGGUGCGAGACCGUGAGACAGGUUUUUGAGUUUCGGACUAAUGGCUCAUAUUUUUUUUCUGGCUCUACUCGACAUUCAUUACGAAGUGUGGUGAACGGGAUGGAACGGCGUGAAUUCGGUUGCUGCGAACAAAAGUCGAGCCAAAAAGUGGUGGCCCUUUAACCGAGAGUUCCAAUUAGAAACUAUAUUCCGUUCGAUGAAACAAACACACCUAGCUAUAAUGAAAUUACGAGAAAAAAUACAUUUUAAGAUUUAAACUUUAGAAAAAGUUUUACAAAAUCAUAAACCUCGCAUUAUUUAUAAAUUAAUUUUAACUAAAAUUAAAUUUUAAAACAAAAACCUUAUUAUAUAUUAUAUUAAUUAAACAAAAUUGAAAACUAACACGUUACUCGCAAAAAAACAAAAUCAAACCCACACAAACACACAAAACAAACAAAAAAUGGCUUCUCGAAAAAACGCUAAAUUCUCCACACAAGUCCAGUUCUAUCUGAAGCACAGGGAAACGCGGAUACUGAAGCUAUGCAACGACACAAUCGGCUCGGUACCGAACGACUCGCUCAGCAGAGCCAUCUUCAAGCUGCUGUCGAAGCCGGUGGAUAACAGACGCAUCAUUCAGCUUCUUGCUGACAAGAAGCGCUCUUCCACCAAAUCGACUGCCUCGCACAGCACCGUGAAGACGCCCCAGACAACGGGAACGCCAACGGGAGCACUAACGGCCACAAUUCCAACCUCGCUAGCGACCGCGAGUGCCCCCGCGCCAGCCUCCCUCUCCCUGCCAGAGUAUCAAAAAGAUGUGGAACGGUUUCGUGGGCGAAUCAUCUGCCAGGACAACACGUGCAUCAUCGACCCGAUGGCCUCUCCUAAGAACGACAACAAUUCAAAUCCUCGCACUCACUCGUUCCGAAUUGUCUCGUUCAGCAAGGAGAGCAGCAACAGCAACAGCAGCAGCCACAAGGUAUCAUCAGACUGCUCCUCGUCGCCACUUGGCGGUGACGGUGGGCUAGAUUCGGCCGAAGAACAGGCCCAGAAUCUAAGCUCUACGUCAACCGCAUCGACACAACAAGCUGGCCACAAGGCGAUUCUGAUGUGCUUCAGCUGCAAGCUGAGCUUCGGGACGUGCCGAUCGUUCAUUGCUCACGCCAAAAUGGAGCACAGCCUCACGCUCAACGACUACGAGCGAAUGCUGCUGGAGAAGAACUACAGCAGCGCCAUCAUCCAAACCACCACGGAGAAGCAGUUUUACUUUCUGGUUCCUUUCGAAGAGAAAUCUUCAGCCAACAACAACAACAACAACAACAACAACAACAUCACUAGCAUUAAGUCAUCGAUGGAAAGUGGAGAGGAGAGAUUCAAGAGUGGGAGCGGUACCGGAAGCAACGGUGGCCAUAGUCAACAGCUAUCACCUCUGCAACAGGCACAUCAUCAUCAGCAACAACAACAACAGCAACUUCAGCCAACGUCUGUUCAAACGCCAGAGAAAAGCCCCGGUUCCAUCAGUUACGACGGUGUCUAUCCGAAACUCACGCCCAGCAGUAUGCUCUACGACAUGGACAACAAACUGCAGGCAAGUUGGAAGCUAGCCGCCGAGAAGUACAACAACGCCAUGAACGAAAGCGUAGCAGCGGCAGCUGCUGCGGCCGCGGCUGCUGCACAAGAGGAGAAGAAUGCAGCCGCCAGCGGGAAGAUGCUGACAGACUUUCUGACACAACAGAAGAUGUUAUCGGCCGCAGAGAAUCUGUACAGCAAACAGAACAAGUUCCUGGAGUUGAUGAACUCAAACCCAUUGGCAGCGGCUUCCGCAAAAGCUGCUGCUGCUGCUGGCGCUGGCACUGAUGGGGCUAGCGAUUAUCAUUUGGCCAAAAAGUACAAUGCAAUGGAUCUUUAUAAACAGCUGAUGGCAGCGAAUACCUUCCGACCGGAGGGUCUGGAGCUGAAGGACGAGCUUAAGGCCGAGCAUCAGAUAAGCGUUAAGAAAUUGGAGACUGAACCCACCGCUGCAUUUCGCAACAACUCAUUUGCGCCAAACAUCUCGACGAGGAAUUCCUGCAAAACGCUCAAGUGUCCCCAGUGCAACUGGCACUACAAGUACCAGGAAACGCUGGAGAUACACAUGCGAGAGAAACAUCCGGACGGAGAAACCGCGUGCAGUUACUGCCUUGCGGGUCAACAGCAUCCACGUCUUGCCAGAGGAGAAUCGUACACAUGCGGCUAUAAGCCGUAUCGUUGCGACAUUUGUAACUAUUCCACCACCACGAAGGGUAACCUGUCUAUUCACAUGCAAAGCGACAAGCAUCUGAAUAACAUGCAAGAUCUGAACGGUAUGAUGAACAAGGGUAAUCAGAACUUUUUGAAUCUUGCAACCCUUCAGGCGAACGAGAAGGUUAACACGUCUCGCAACCAGUACAUGCCGGCCACCUCACCUCUGUCCCUAUCCACCAAACUUCCACAGCAAACGAAGGAAUCGCCCAGCAGUUACGAGCCAAAUCGUCCGAAAUCGUUCUUCAAGUGCGACAUCUGCAACUACGACACCAACAUAGCCAGGAAUCUUCGAAUUCACAUGACCAGCGAGAAACAUAUCAGCAAUCUGAACUCGUUGCAAUCGAGCUACAAUCAGCUGAAGAAUCUCCAAACUAUGUCAUCGCCGGAAAGCCUCGACUAUCUUAGCGCACUGAACCUGAACGCCCUCAAGGAAGAAUCCCCUUUGAACCGGGUCGAGGACUACACCAACAGCACCCUGAAACCACUCCCAAUCUCAUCCUCACCCUUCGCACCCAUCGACCCAACACCCGUCAGCACCGCCAACAGUACUCCAACUCCCGAGUCCCUCUUCCUGAAUAACCCUUCUCCCUUCUCCGGUGGCAGUGAAGCCGAACGCAGCACAACGAGCGAUUUCCAACAGCACCAGCAGCAUCAGCAGCUGGAUGAGGACAAGAACCCGCUCCACUUCGAACCUCCGAUCAGAGUCACACUGGACCCAUCGACUUACUACACCUGUCUGAUCUGCUCGGACUUCGACACCAACAAUCUGGAGGAGCUGAAGAAGCACGUGAUCAAGGAUCGCCUCACGUCAAACAUUGCAAUGGAUACGAUAGUGAUCGCGGCCGCGAGCUGCGAGUGCCUCCUGUGUGGCUUCCGCGCGUCGCCAACCGCGGACAAGCAGCACGAACUCGAACGCCACCUCAAGAGCGAGGCCCACCUGAAGCGACUUGAUCUGAUGAUUCAUCUGCUCGAGGGGCGGGACAAAGCGGUCGGCAAGCUGAAGCAGUUCUGCGGCACCGAGCUGUUCAAGAAGCUCUCCCUAAUCUUUCCCCUUGCGGAGGAAUCGAAAUUUCCGUUCGAAGAGAUGCCAAGCAUUGGUGAAAUUUCGCGUUCUCCGCUGACGCUGCUGCUCGAGCCCAAAACCGAACUGAUCGAGCGGGACUUUGGCGGCAGCAAUGGGAUCGAGAAUGAGGGAAACCACCCCCAUCCGGACAAUGUGCAAAUCAAGUGUAACUGCUGCAAUUACUAUACCACUUCGCUGGAGAAAAUCGGCCUGCACAGUCUGUCGGAGAAACACAUCUUCCGGCGGAUCUGUUUCGACUACUUGCUGCUUAUCUCCAGCGAGAAGAAUGCUUCCAGCGGUGGACCGUCCAGUCCGCUGAAUCUACAGCACAACAGCAUGAAAGGUGAAGAUGGCCGUCCGGGGAGUGCCGCCUCGCUGCUGCUGCGCGGUGGGGGACAGCUUAUGCUGACCUGCGUGCCGUGUGGUUUCAAGACCGACCACAUCUACUACAUGAUCCACCAUCUGAGGAAGUCUUGCAAGGUGGAGCAGAACAUCAAUCUGCUCGGGUUGCGAAACAUCUUCAAGUUGACCCCGAAGGGCGCCGACUCCCAGGAUGCAAUGGACUCGGCCUCGGCGGCCACAGGGGACAACAGCGGUGGAGCAGCGGUCAGUGCGCUCUGCAGUAUUCUGCAGGAAAAGAAACCCUGGAACGGGGAGAACUGUAACGGGAAAACCGGUGGCGCCGGCAGCGGCGGCGACGGAACCUGCAAAGAUCGCUGUCUGGUGUGCAGCGUGUGCAACAAUUUCUCCUCGAAAAAGAUCAACGUAAUGCAGCAUCUGUUGGCGAAUCACAACAUCGGCAACGAGCUGCUGGCGCAGGAUUUCCCAAGUCUGAGUGUGCCAUCCACCAUCCAGAAGAAACCGUUCGAUUACUUGCGCACGUUGACCGAAGCCAGGAGCGCCCAGAAUCUGCGCUUGAUCGAGAAGGUCACCUUCAUGAAUGAUUCCUUCGCGCUGAAGGAGAACUGCAACGAUUUGAAGCAUGGCAAUUUGGCGGAAAUUCUGGAAAAUUAUAUGGGUGGGAAGGGCGACGGGGAGAAGGAGAAGGAGAAGCACCAGACACAGACGGUGUCCUGCCCGCUGUGUCCGGAAACAUUCCUGGACCAGGUCAACGUGGAAACGCACGUGAUUCGGGUCCACAACAUCAAGAUGGAAGGCUUGAACAGACUGCUGAAGCUGGUUGAUACCUCGCAAUUUCUUAAGACCACCAAACAACAACAGCUUGGCAGUCCGGACAAGUCGCCCAAGAAGGAGAGCACCUCUCCCUCGCCGGAGAUCAAGUGCUCCUUCUGUAAGGUCUGCUUCGAUUCGAUGGUAGAUCUGAAGAUACACUGCAACGAAAGCAAUCACUUCAAACGCAACGCCGACUCAGAGGAUCUCGCAUGCUUCCUGAACGACUGCAAGGACGCAUUCGACAACCUCUCCGAUCUGCACCACCACUUUAAGGCGAACCAUCUCAACUUUUUGAUCUCGGAGAAUCACACCUAUAAGUACCGCUGCAAGUUGUGCCCGUUUGCGUUCAAAACGCACGAGAAGCUCAAUCGCCAUCUGUUCUAUCACUCGCUGAGAGAAUCGACGAAAUGCUUCUACUGUGAUGCCCACUUCAAGAACAUCAACUCGCUCACAAGUCACAUCGCCGAGAAGCAUCCGCAGGAAUCGUCCGCCACGAAGGGUGCCAACGAGGAGUCGGCCUCGAUACUGUUCUUCAAGGACCUCAAGCGGAAGAUGCUGAACAGCAAGAACGGCAUGAGUCCCAAGUCCGACCGGAGCCAGACCCGGGACAGUGCGGACGAGGAUCGUCUCAGCGAGAAGUCGAUGAGCAGUAAGAGUAGCUUCUACUAUGACAAAAGCUUGGACGGUUCGGAUGGUGGUGGCUCUGGUGGUGGUGGUAAGUUCGCUUGCAGCGAUUGUCGCUUCAGCUUCACGGACUCGGCAGCUCUUGAGCGGCAUAUGGCUACGGCAUUCCAUAUGUCGAAGGAGAGGGAAAAAGCUGCGGCGGAUAGUAUCGCUGGGGCCGUCAACAGCAAGCAGCAGCUGUUCUACGACAUCAAAUCGGAGAAGUUUACGAAUCCAAAUCGACCGUUCAAAUGUACCAUCUGUAUGGAGAGUUUCACGCAGAAGAAUAUUCUGCUGGUGCACUACAACAGUGUGUCACAUUUGAACAAGUUGAAGAAGUUUAAGUCGGACAAGCAGCAGCAGCAGUUUCAGUUCCAGCUGGGGGCUUCCAUGGGUGACAGUGGAGAUGGGUGUGAGCACGGGGAGAAGCUACAGCAUCAGCAGCAGCAGCAGCAGCCGGAUUUCAAGGCCUUCGGGUUGCCAAUGUUUGCGGAGUCCGGAGAGAAGCGGAAGGACAUCGAGGAGAAGGAGACGGCCAGGAAGAAAUUCAAGUGUGAUAUUUGUAACGUGGCGUAUACUCAAGGAAGCACUUUGGAUAUCCACAUGAGGAGUGUUUUGCAUCAGACCAGAGCAUGUCGACUGCAGGAGAGAAGCAUGUUUGGAAGUCAACUACCGAAUAUGGAGAAGAAAAAAUCUGACUUCCCGCUUAUCCAAACAAUUCCUGAAAGUCACGAAUCGCCGAACUUCAUAGAUGACACGCCGAUGCGCAAGAUUAAAUCGCCCGCAGAGUUGCAGCAGCAGCAGUCGCAUCAACAGCAACAGCCAUUGUCACAACCUCAACUUCCGCAACAGCCUCCUCCACCGAUGUUGAAUCCAAUGAUGGGCGCUCUUGGACUGGGUGGCCUCGCGGCUGUUGAUAAGCCAGAAAUCGCUCUCUGUGAGUGCUGCUUCCAGGUGUUCCCGAAUAAAUCCACCCUGGAGAACCAUCUGGAGCUGAGCCCGGAAUGUUCGGCGCUCAAGAAGAAAAUGAUGGAGAACAAUCCCCCACCGGAGAAUUUCGCCGACGGCUUCCAGCAGCAGGCACUGAACGAACUCGCCAAAGUAAAUUCGCUCCCUGGGUUCGAUCUUACGCCGGAGGCUCUCCUGGGGAAGACUCCCUUUCCGCUUGAUCCAACUGCCAACCUGAUGGAUCCAAAUUUCUUGAAGAAUGCAUCGCUUCUACAGUUCGCUACCGACCCGACCAACAAGCUCGGCCCGAAUGCACUGAACGUACUGAACUUCAUGCAUUUCCAUCAUCUGAUGUCGCUCAGUUAUUUGAACCUCGCGCCUCAGCUGAACUUCGGAGCGGUUCCUGGAGCACCGAAGGUGCCAGAUAUGACAGGGAAAUCCGACCUCGAGAAAGCGAUCUCUGCGGAAAAGUCCAAAAUGCAAUCGGUAGGUAUGCCACAGAAUCUGAACGGCAAGUCGCCUCUCGAGAUGAACCUCAUGGCUCAUAGUCUGGAAAGCAAGAUGCCACCGCAACCGCCCCAGCAGCAGCCUUGUACCCAGAAACGGGCCCGAACUCGUAUCACCGACGAGCAGCUCCGUAUUCUUCGGUCCCAUUUCGACAUUAACAACUCCCCGAGCGAGGAGAGCAUCCAGGAGAUGUCCCUGAAGGCAAACCUUCCCCCGAAGGUCGUCAAACACUGGUUCCGUAACACACUCUUCAAAGAACGCCAGCGCUCGAAGGACAGUCCGUACAACUUCAGCAUUCCGCCGUCGACCAAACUCAACGUGGAAGAAUACGAACGCACCGGCGAGACCAAGGUGACGGAUUUGGACUCCUCGUACAAAUCCAACGAAUCCCAGGACCUCUCGCAGAACGCAGUCGAUCUGAAGAUGAACGAAAUGAAGCAAAAUUUUUCCAAGUCCCUGAUGGAGUCCUUGUCCAAACAUCAGGCUACCCAAGAAAUGGGCAACUUCCAGUUGAACAAAAAUUUGUUCCCCGAAACAUUUGGUAACGAUUUCCAGCCCCAGCAUGAGCCAGCGCCCCAAAUCCAGGUCAAUGUGGCAAAUUUUUUCUCCCAAACCCCGGAUCUCACCAGCCUCAGUAAGGAGAUCAUGUCCAACAAGAAAAAGAAGAUCAAAUCCGAGUCCUCCAAUGAAUCCCCCAUCCCAGCCGAUCUCCAGAUCGAUUCCACCAACUCCAGCCCGCUCCCGAUGCGUCCACCGAGCGUCAUAUCGUUGAAGAAACACAUGGAUAACCGCUCGCAUGGUAACCCUGGUGGCAUGAUGGAAGAGAUGAAGAUUCCCAGCCCGAUCGAUAGCCCCGUCAUCUCCCCGCCGGUUUCAAUGGCUGGGGGAAUGCAUCAGCAAAUGGCGCAGAACCAAUCCGUCACUUGCUCCAAUGGAAAGCGCGCCAAUCGGACCCGGUUCACCGACUACCAAAUCAAGGUGCUGCAGGAGUUCUUCGAGAACAACUCCUAUCCCAAGGAUAGCGAUCUCGAGUAUCUGAGCAAGCUGCUGAUGCUCUCCCCCAGGGUCAUUGUGGUGUGGUUCCAGAAUGCCCGCCAGAAGCAGCGCAAGAUCUACGAGAAUCAGCCAAACCCGACCUUCGAGACGGAUGAGAAGAAGGCCAUCAACAUCAACUACACUUGCAAGAAGUGCAACCUGGUGUUCCAGCGGUACUACGAGCUGAUCCGUCACCAGAAGAACCACUGCUUCAAGGAGGAAAGCAACAAACGCUCGGCCAAGGCACAACUAGCGGCUGCCCAGAUCGCGCACUCUUUCACCAGUGGCAGCGAAGAUUCGGACUCCAGCCUGGACGUGAGUCGACGAGACUUCCAACCGCGCGAAAAUGACUGCCCCUUUUAAAGGAAGGGUCCUUUAUUUUAUUUUAUUUUUUCAUUGCCUAAUUUUCCCCAGUGUGCGUCCCAGUUAUAUUUCAUUUUUCCCGAUUGUCGUAAUUCCACAGGAAUUUAUUUCGAUAUUUGCCCAGUGAUUGAAAACAUUCCACCUUUUUGCCUCCAAAUAUAUAUAUUUUUAUUGAUCAUUAGUUCGUAGCGCAGGCGCAAAUAUAUUUCCCCCCAAAACAAUUUCCAACAAAAUAUUUACAUGAAAACAAAACAAUUUCGUUUCCCACCCCCUUCCGCAAAGACGUUUAUGUUCUCUUAUUUUUAGAAGAAUAAUAUUUUGAUAUACAAGCAAAAGAGAGUAAAAAAAACGAAAGUAACUAAGAAAACUAUUCCCCGCAUCAAAUGUAAUGUGAAAGUUCCUAAACUAAAGCAAGCAAGCAAGCAACAGUUAAGAGAGAAGAAGAGACAUAAAAAAUGAUAUAUUAAAGUAGUGAAACAAAUCAAGAAACAGUGCAGACAAAACGAUUUUGUUUGUAACUUAUUUGCCAUACUCGCGAAAUGUGAAUGAAAGGAAGAGAAGUGCGUUAAAAACAAAACACAAAAAGAAACAGAAAGCAGAGUAGGGAGUCGGUAGGGUGAACCGAGCAAAACAAAAAAAAGAAAGAAAGAAACUAGAAGGUCAAGCAUUCCUCCGGCUCUGAGCUGAGAAAACAGAUAGAUAAUUAUAUUGUUUUGUCAUUUUUAUUAUUGAAGAAUUUUAUUCAGAGAAAAAAAACAAACAAAACACAGAAGGCGAAAUAAAAUCCAAACAACAUCAUGGAUAUUGUUAUACAGAAAAAAAAACCGAAACGAAAUCUUUUUGCUGGGUUGUG